AAGGAGCAGGAGGCGGAAAAAAUCCGCUCCGAGUGUCCGGCUUUUUGAAUGAGCCACGUGUUCAAACUACAAAUCAACGUCUCACGCUCUGCCGGGAGAAAGAGGGCGGGAUUCUUGCAGCUCACACUAGGGAAGAUCCGUCGGCCGCCUGCUCUCCUCGACCCCCGGACCGCCCCGGCUCCACCGCGGGACAGGCCUGCCUUCUGGCUCCGCCUCGGGUUGUCCCUCAGCGCGGAGCUGCGUGGACGGGUUAGACUUGGGGGCCGGGGAGCCUCGAGCGUUCCCCUCGCAGCGCAACCCCACCUGAGGUUCUCCUCCUGCACCGGGCCACGGGGGCGGACCAGGCAGCCUGUCUGGCAACCCUCGCGCAUUUCCGGCCUGUCUCAAACGUGCGAGGGUCUCCCUGGCGCUCGGGGAUGCUUGGUACCCACGAAGAAAGGCCGCAAGGAGCCCUCGCCGAACGCUAUGCCUCUGCCCAGGGCGGGGCGGCGAGACGGGAGCGCAGGGCGCGCAAACGCUGCCCGGGGUGGGGUUUCGCGCUCCACGGGGCCGACUCGCCGAGACCAAGUUGAGCAACCGGCGUGGAGAAAGACACCGCCCCUGGCUGGGAGGGGGCGGGGGGCUUCUUCUCUCACCGAUUGGUGGACGGAGGGAGCCUAUCACCGUCGACUGCCUCCGCCAGAGCAGUUUGCUGGUUUCCAUUCAUUGGUCCCGGAGCAGCCCCUGGAUUUACAUCUUUUGUGGCGCGAAAAUAACCCUUUGCUCCCUCUCAUUGGUUUUGUUGUUGAGGUGUGGGACUGGGUUCCACUCUUCGUGUUCCCGUUUUCCCUGCCCUUUAACUGUGAUCACCCAGCCCCAAUCCCCAAGGAGGAAGAGGGGAGGUAACGGAGAGUAGAAAGUAAUUCUGCGUGUGCGUGUGGAGCCCGCCCCUUGGGCUGACCGCGUGGUGCCCGCAGAGUCCCCUCCCUUCCCCCAUCGUCCAGCACCCGGAGGUCCUGGGUUUGCGCCAUGCUGAAGCAGCUGGACUCACAUCGUUUCCCUGCCCGUUUUAAAAUCUAAGAGUCUAUACGUCUUUUUUAGUUAAAACAACACAAUACGUUUCUAAAUGCUUGAGUUUUCCUGGGCUUCUAGAGAAAUCUACUAAUUCUUCCCCCUCCCUUUCUCUAACCCCUUUUGUGGUCCAUACGGUUGUUUUAAACUAAACCAAACAACCCUUCUAAAAAAAGCAAACGAAAAAUUCCGGGUAAAAUCAACUAUUCCGAGACCACGUUUUCGUUGAAGCUGCCCUAAGACCAAAGAAGCUGAGACCGACCUUAAAGGAUUAGCGAUUUCUGUAGCAGAAAUGCUCUAAUUUUACUGACGUUUGGUGGAGACAGUGAGAAAAAAUAAAUAUGAGUUUGGCUUGGAAAAGCACAAAACAAACGAAUAAUCAUAUUUGAUUUGAUUAACUGAAAAAGCUAGCAGCUACAGUGGUAUAUUCUAGGCAUUGGUGUCUUUGAUGCGUUUGAAAUUAUAUACGUAAAUUUCUGUUGGUGUUCUCAAAAAUAAUUAUCAGAACUCUGGCUAUGACAGCAAAGAGGCAAGUACAAAUUUGUUCGGUAUACCUGAUUUUAUAAUAGACUUUCCAAUUAUUUAAUUAUGUGAAGAAAAAGAAAUGCACCAGUUAGAAAUAAAACACGAAUUUGUUCACAAUUUAAUUGUUUAUUUUUAAAGUCUUGACAAAAUACUUGAUUUGGUUUAAAAAAAAGAAAAAUUAUAAUUCCCCAGUAACUAUUAAAAACUUUGAGAGAACUGGCUUAAAUCGAGUUCAGUUUUUUUCUGUAUUGUUAACUGUUAGCUAGUAGAGAUAUUACAUCAUCCUCUGAAGUUUUUUGAAAAAACUAUUCU